UAUUUAUGAUACGAAUGCAGCUGUGUAUCCAGGUUGUAGCCGUAUUGGUCUAGAGGAAAAGGCAGUCGCGACUCGUAGUCGAGGUGAUCUCGUUUAUUUGGCCAACAAGAUUUUUGCAAAAAAAUUCUUUUCCAUUUUUUGCAAAAACCUUGUUGGUCUAAUAAAAGAGAUCAUCUCUACUACGAGUCUUGAUUGCCUUUUACUGUUGCUAUAUUACUCGUGUAAUUGAUUGAGUACAAGAUUCUGAGUUAUUUUUGGUGAAAAAGAGGGUACCAUCCCCCAAUUACAACAUUGUUUCCUAUGGGAAAAUCGGUUCCGAGUUGGAACAUUUCGACUUAAGACGCGGUUUUCAGGAUCCAGUGGUGCUGUAAGUUCGUGGACGGCCUGUAUAGAAUAUAAUGAAUGGUUGAGACAAGGGCAGUCUGCGCUUCUUUCUCCCUGUCUGGAUUUGAGAAUAAAGGGAAAUGCGCUGAAAUUGAAGAGGGAGAUUUAAAACUGGUAUGAAGAGGUGUUUCGCACGUUAUUUAAAUUGUGGCAUUUGUUACAAGGAAGCUGUUGGGUAAGAUGGAGAGAAGAACAAGAUUUACAAAGGGACUGGAUUGUCAAGACUUGUUACAAUUCAUUAUUUGUACUGCAAGACUUAAAGUCUCACUACGGCCAGCUGGAGAAAAUGAGUGAUCUGGUGGCUGUAUGGGAAGUAGCUCUAAGUGAUGGUGUUCACAAGAUCGAAUUUGAACAUGGAACCACAUCAGGGAAACGUGUUGUGUAUGUAGAUGGAAAGGAAGAAAUAAGAAAAGAAUGGAUGUUCAAAUUAGUAGGUAAAGAAACAUUUACUGUUGGAGCAGCAAAAGCAAAGGCAACCAUUAACAUUGAUGCAGUGAGUGGCUUUGCUUAUGAGUACACCUUGGAGAUCGAUGGCAAGAGCCUCAAGAAAUAUAUGGAGAAUAGGUCAAAAACAACAAAUACCUGGGUAUUAAGCUUGGAUGGUAUGGACUGUAGAGUUGUUUUAGAGAAGGACACUAUGGAUGUCUGGUGCAACGGUAAAAAAAUGGAAACAGUGGGUGAAUUUGUAGAAGAUGGAACAGAAACUCACUUCAGCGUUGGUGAUCACGAUUGUUACAUUAAGGCUGUUAGUAGUGGAAAGCGAAGGGAAGGAAUCAUUCAUACUCUUAUUGUGGAUGACAGAGAAAUUCCAGAGGCUAUGGAGUAG